AUGCAAGACCAAACGACUGGAGCCGGAGCCGGAGUUGGCAAUGUCAAUUCGGAUGUAGUGUCCAAUGCCGGUACCGUAGCCGAUCCGGUGCUGCCACCGCUCUCACCAGAAGACUUUGCAGUGUAUAACCGACUGGCCGAGAAGAUGGACUACUUUCACAAUCACUUUCGCUCGAUGUGGAACACGCUCUACACAGCUUGUACCCGUAAUGGCAGUAGCAGUCAAGGCACAACAACAGCACUGACCGAGCGGCAACUAAUCGAAGAAGGGCUCCGGCUCACUCGCUACCUGGAAGCUCACCACUCCAUCGAAGAGACAUACAUAUUCCCCCUUCUAGCAAAGAAGAUGCCUCAAUUCCGAGCGGCUGUUAACGCCCAUAGUUAUCACGAACACGCUCGUCUUCAUCGUCACCUCAAUCGUCAAAGCGAAACGGGAGAGGAAGACCAUAAGGAUCAUCACGAAGACGAGGAGGAAGAAGAAGAAGAAGAAGAAGAAGAAGAAGAAGAAGAAGAAGAAAAACAUGCAUGA